CAAUACAUGUGCACAUGAAGUUGUUUUCAUGCUGAAGAUUUGGAAAAUCACCGUUUCUCGUCGUUUUUCCUCGGCGAUUCAUAGAACGGCGGAAAUCAUGCAACAAAGAAGUUACGAGGCAAGUUAAAAUGAAAUGUUUUGGAGGUUUAUCGAGUCUGUCUCGGUGUACAUCGUUCUCGAAAGCAGCUGGGCGAAGCAUGCCUGCUUGCCAGGCAGUUUAUGAGAUUCCUUUGUAUUAGAAUGCUUAAACUGCUUUCGGUCUUGUUCUUAAUACUACUGUAUCUACAUUUUUUGUUUCAGGAUGCAGUAAAGGCACUGAACACCCUUCAAACUAAUGCACAAGAUCUGGAGCAAAUUCGACGUAGUCGAGGCCGACUUGCUCGCGACAACUUGCCUCAGAUGAGAAGUUUUACAGAACGAGCGGGAGUUAAAGUCAGCCCUUUUUAUAACUGUUGUUUAGUUGGUUUAAUUGAAGUAGCGUAAUUUUUUGUGUUGUUUCAUGGAAAAUCGGCUUGAUACUACUUUUUUUUCAUCCACGUGAUGUUAUUUUACGUGCCUCAGGAGCGUAACGCACAUGCAGGGGACUUUGAUGCAGGCUUUCUGAUCCCCCCAAAAAUAAUUUAUAAUAAUUAAUUAUUCAUUACUGCACUGAUCUGAUCUGUCAGGGAUAUAAGAGUGUUGAUUUUGAAAAAUUUUACGAAACUGAUGAGAUUUCUUAGUUCAGGCGUGAGGAUACGACAUGACUGAACAUGCUUUGACAAACCUUUUUUUUUGGUAAUAUUUUGUAGCGUAAAACUACAUGUACUACUCAUGCAGGGAGCAACCUCAAAUCAUACUAUUCCUCAUACACCAAAAGCUGACAUAAGCAGUGUUUGAUGCAGAUAAUCAAGAAAAUGUAUGCAUGAAUUUGGCAACUAUAACGGUUAUAAUUUCCAGUAAUUAUCCUCAAAUGAUUGCUGUAAAACCACAGGUAGCCCAAGCUCAAAAUAUAAAUGAGCAUUGGCAUUAAUUCUUUCGAAAUGUAAUGAUUUGUAUAGGAAAUAAGGGAUUGUUGCUGUAAUGUAUCAAUCAAAUGGAAUCUUCAGCAUCCCCUCAACAGACAUACACCAGGCAUUUGACUUCUUUUCUUUGCCAUCCUGAAUUUUUUGCAUUCUGAUUGGUGGAGGAUUGCAUCAUAUUUCGCUUUAAUCACCUAGCUCCAUUGUAGUUGUAUUUGCAGUCGUCGCUUCUCUCCAGUUGGGUGGAGAGAAUAUAAAAGUGACAACUGUAGCCUGUGUAGCAUGGUGGUUUUGUUGAGCCGGGUGCAUGAGUGGCGAAGCCACGAAAUUCAUGUGCGAAGCGCGCAAGAACAAGCGGCAAAGCCACAAGGUUGCUCCCGCCCCAAUCUCCUCAUGGUUUCUCUUCCCUCGCCCACCUUUAUUGCUUAGCGUGCCCAACCAAACCCACCAUGCUACGCAGGCUGUGACAACUGGAAAUAAGUCUGUGUGUCGCUGAAUAAUCCCCUUGACUUUGGCUAUGUUCACUCUAUACCAUAUAGCUUUUGUGUUGGCACAAAAACUCUACCAGAUAUGGCUUCUGUUCCUACAUAACAAUAGUGAUUUCAGGAUGAUUUCUGUAGCAGAGCAAAGGUGCUCCUCUUAUACCAGAUAAGGUUUUCAUGUUGGCAUGCAUGAAAAGCUAUCCGACCAUUAUAGUGUGAACAUAUCCUUCGUCUGAUAAUUCAGCAAUGUUACCCUUAUCAAAGACAAAUAAUUGUUAAAAAGUUUGAAAGUUGCACAACAGUGCUAGCACUUAUAUUUUAAGCUUGGGUGAUCUGUGUAUAUCGUACACAAAAAUCUGAAAACUUUCCCAAUAUAAGCAUCGCACAUAAUCUCUUUUAGCUGUCUCUUUUGUGUACUUGUUGAAUUAAUUGAUGGAAGGACAGGCAAUUUGAAUGAUGAAUAGACUGACUAAUUAACUGCUAUUUUGUUUUACAGAUGGAAGAUCUGGACAGACUUUCCAUCAUCCACAUUAGUGGUACAAAGGGAAAGGUAUUUACUUUUUUAAUUGCAGCCAUUCACGCAUUUUAGAAGACAUAGAGCCUAUCUCAGAAUAAACAAUAUUUAGUGUUACAAGUAACAGUGCAUACAGUCAAAACAUAGUGGCAUACCGACCAUUCUGACAGACAAGGGCUUUUCUCUUGUCCUGGUGGAUUUGUUGUAGAUAAAAUGGCUUUCACUACCUUUAAAUGGAAGGAUAAGCAAGUAAGUGCACUCACAUAAAAUGUAAAAUGUAGAACAAGAAAAAAAUUGUGAAUAUAGAAUGCAGAAUUUUCUUACUUUUCUAACUUUUUUCCUUUGCUUUUUACAUUUUUUCAUGUGUAUUAAAUGUUUUGUUCGUGUACUUGCCUGUUUUCCAAUAUAGAGCAAUCGGGUUCCCUCAAAGCAAAAAAAUCUGCUCUCAUGUUAAACCAUUUUUUCCUUUGUCUCCUGUGAAUAAUUAGGGCUCCCCAAACUUUAUUACUGUGUUUGUCACCAUUCCCUGAAGAUUUUCCUCUUGUUAAAUUAAAAACUUUUUUCUUUAUUCUAACUGGUUUCUGACUGAAAAGGCCAAAGACGGUAGUUUUUUUGCUCUUAUUUUGUAGGGCUCAACUUCUGCAUUUUGUGAGAGCAUGCUCCGUCAUAAAGGCUUCAAAACUGGAUUUUACAGGUAAGUUGCUAUAAAAUGUUUUGGUGUUCUAAUGCAUUUCACCUUAACCCGUUAAGUCCUCAAGUGAGCAACAUAAAUUUUGUCCAAACAAUUUCAUUAGAUAAUCUGGGUCAAAGAUUAUGAAAAUUGAUUAAUUACUGAUCUCCAGAGGGACAAUUCUUCAAUGAUUUCUUAUCAAAUUCUCUUAAAUAAUAAUUCUUAAUGAAACUAGUUGGAUAGCUGUCUAGAAUGUGGAUAGUGGGGCAGAACUGACUUACAGUUUUGCUUUUUGUCUUCCUUUUCCCACUGGUUGACUUUUGUUCAAACAGGUAUGUUUUCUGAUUAUGUGGGGCUGGGUAGGGGGAGGGGGUGAGUAAUGCCAAAUAUGGGCUGUCUUGGCAUGUGCUGCUGUGAAGGGUUUGGUUUUCAAGUACAGUCUUAGUCUGGGAUAGGAUAUAGAAGUCGGUGAGUCUUAGUCUAGAAUAGCAUACAUGUUGUAUCAUUUUCCCAUUUUCCAGGAAAUUGGUUAGUUGGUUGAAGAUUUUAGUUUAGACUAGGAAAACCGGGAAUUGACACUCAGCAAAUUAGCAAAUUUACCCACAACCCAGUUUAAUAACUUAAUAACUUACAAUGAAAGCAUCAACCUCAAUAGUUUUGAAAGAUAGUGACUCUAGGAUAGGGACUGGAUUUUGGAAGAUAGUCUGCAGGUAUACUAGGGUAGCAAAAUUCAGCUGAACCAGGUGUGGUAAUAAGCUAAGGGUUCUGGGGUCCCAGCAGCACAUCCCCUCCAAAAAGAACCUCCACCCCAGGGUAUGUGGCCUAACUUAAACAGACAAGUUUAUCCCUAUGAUGUCUUACUCCUUCGUAGUGAGCCUACGUUAAGAGGCACUGACCAUCUACUGAUUUUGUUUUUUGUCUGUGUGUGUUGUAGCUCACCGCAUUUGAUGGAAGUCAGAGAGAGGAUCAGAAUAAAUGGCAAACCACUUGCCAAAGACAAGUUUGCAAAAUACUUUUUUGACUGCUGGGAUAAUCUUCAUAAUAAUGGUGAUGUAAGUGGCCGAAAGCUCUUAUCCACCAUCCACAUAAUCAUACAAGCCCAGGGUCACACAUUUAUCCUGUCAUUUAUUAUUGGAGAGGUUCUGUCUUGUGCACUUCUUUGAAAUUUAGUUUUGAAAAGUUUACCCUUAAUAUACAGCGAAUCCUUUGUUUUUGGUUCAUAUAAUUUCUUGAAAAUUGCGUACUGUUCUGUACAUAUAAUUGCUUGUCAACAGCUUAAUCAAAACAUAGGUCAGUGUGAAAAAUACCAUAAUGUUUUUAAAACUGCUGUUUGUUUGUUGCACAACCUGCACAUGCAAUAGCCUGAAUUUCCAAAAAUACCAUUGUAAUCUACAAUCUGCGGGUUAAGCUUCUUUGAAGGGUAAUGAAAUUAUUUAUUUGGGCCUUCUUUCAUGUUAAAAUGCAAUGGAAUUCAGAGUAGGUGGGGGAAACCUGCUCUAGAAUUAAUCAAGGUUGUUCUAUGAUUUAGGAAUCCUUCUAGCUUACUUGUUUUAUCGUUUGUAGACAAACUCCUGUGGACAAAAGACACAACUGUUCAUGAAUUAAUUCCUUUAUAGACUGCAAAAAUAAACUCUGUGAGUCACAGAGCAACAUAGUUUUAUGUCUGAGCUUAUUGGAGAUAACAUGAUACUGGAACUGUUAACUUAUCAGGUAAUUUUAAUUUAUACUCAUCUUGUAGGAUCAAGGGAACACCACUAUGCCUGCAUACUUUAGAUUCUUGACACUGGUGUCCUUCCAUGUCUUCCUCCAAGAGAUGGUAAGCUGCUGUUUGAUGGUGUCAGUCUGGCUGAGUGGUUAGAGUACAAAGUGCUGGACUUGCAAUUUGGAGCCCUGAAUUCAAGUCCUGCUCUGACAGCUAGCUAGAUUUCAUCUCAGUUGUCCUGAGUUUAAAUCCUUGGCCAAACUUGGUUUGCCUCUGGCCAGUUAGGAUUCUUAACCCUGUUAAAUUUGGUUCAGAUUAUUUGUUUCAGGCAUUUGCUUGCCCCACUAGCAUUAUACUGCUAUAAAUUCUGCUGAGGGUAAUUUAUGGAAUUAUUAUUAUUUGCUAGAACUAAUUUGCUUACAUUAUAUGAUGGUUUAAUUUUAAUAUUUGAAUGUUAACGUUAAUUUUAAUUAACUUUCAUUGGUGAGUAUUUUUAUUGAACUCUUUAAGGUGGCUCCAUAAUUAAGACAAGAGCAUUUAGCUGUGACAAAUUUUCCGUCAUUUUCCGUCGAUUUUAACGCGAUGGCUGCGAAACUUUCAAAAAACAACAGAUAUCAUCCGGCAAUAAUACUAGUAAUAAUACUAUUGCUUUGCAGCAAUUUUUUUUUACUAGACGCGAUUUUCUUUGAACAGUAGGGUCCUUUUGAGUGCUAAUUUCUCAAGAAAUAUUUACCAUCAAUGAAAUCAGAAUAUUUCGUAUUAUUGCCAAAUGACUUCUGUUGUUCUUUGCAAAGGUUCGCAGCCAUCGUGUUAAAAACCAAAAAGUUAUGACGGAAAAUUUGUCACAGCUGAAUGCUCUUGAAUUGAUUAAUGAGCCACCUUAGGGGAAGCGCUAUUAUAUAUGCAUACUAAUUCUCCUGACUGAUCUUCAUACAUUUUCUUAAAGAACAGUUAAGAGAAUUUAAUAAAAGAUCAAAGCAUUUCCUUUUAAUGGUCAUUUUGAUGUUGGUUGGUCUUGGGACUAAUAAGGUCUCUGUUCUCAUUUUUUCUCGAAAGGAGUUCAGUCAGUUAUGGCAUGAUUUAACAGCUUAGCAUAUAAAAGUUACAACGUCAAUAUUGUUCUCUUUGCUUAAAAGGUUGAUGUUGCCAUUGUAGAGGUUGGGAUUGGAGGUGCUUAUGACUCUACAAAUAUUAUUCGGUAAAUGCUAUAAAUAAAUAGUAGCAAUUUAAUACCCUCCAGUCUGCCUCUCAUGAUAUCCAACAGGGUUAAGAAACCCUGACUUCAAACAAGCUACAAUCAUUGGAUUGUAAUAUGAUUAUCCAGUUAGAAAUAUUACAUGCCAAGGGAGUUGUAAAAUGUGUUUGUUAAAAGAGGUAAGGUUACGUGUAAGUGUGACUUAUUCCUUAUGUCAAGGUUAUAUAUGGGGUUUGUUAUAUCCAAGUUUCACUUUAUACGUAAAGCAUUUUACACUCUCAAUCCCUCGAAAACAUAACAUUAAAAGCUAUUUCUGUUGUCUUCCUUAAUAAUAAAUAAACUUUCCUCCAACAGCAUAGCUAGCUCCACAAACCAUCUUGUGCCUUAAUUGCCUUGUACCAAUGUGCUUUCCCACAGGAAGCCUGUGGCAUGUGGAGUAACAUCACUAGGGAUGGACCAUGUCAAAAUGCUAGGUGGAACAUUGGAGAGUAUUGCCUGGCAAAAGGCUGGAAUAUUCAAGGUAUUUAUACAAAGUAAAUGGCCUUAGAAUGUUUAAAGAUUUAGUGGUAGCCCACACUUAGUAGCAAUGAGAUGUGUACACAUUGAUCCCAUGCUAGUGAUGCAUAUGUUACAGGUCAGGUUGUAAGCAUCCGAGGCAAUGUUGCAAUGCUGUGUUGGGCUAAAAAUCGAUGUUGCGAAUCGUCCCGUGUAAAAUCAUCUUAAAAGUGAAGUAGGCUUAAAAAGUUAUUCUAGUCUUGUCAGUGUAUCAUAAUGUUCGUCAAAGUAAAUUUGUACGUUGGAAUUUAUUCUUUUAUAUGUUACAGUUCAAAAUUUUAUUCUGGUUAAAUUGUUUAACAUUAAAGAUUGAUUCUCAAUUUCCCCUCAUUUGUUUUCUAGCCCUAAUUUACGAAUAAUUAGGGUUAGGAGACAAAGGAAAUUGAGAAUCAACCUAGGUUAAAAAAUUUAACCUGAAAUCAAAUUUGACCUGUAACACAUACACUUAUCUCCUAAACUAGCAAUACAGAAGGCAAUAAGAGCUUGGGCGCAAAGCAAAAGGAUAAAUAUAUAUAAUUAAAUAUUUUUACUUUUAGCAGAGCAUACACUUAUUAUAGCCUCUGAUAGUUGCUUCUUUUGUAAGUAAGUUCUCCAUUCUCAGACCCUGGUUGUGUGCUUGCUUCAUCUUUGGUUUGUGUAUAAAUUUGUUAAUUUCUCGUUUUAGCCUGGAGUACCAGCAUUCACUGUCCCCCAGCCAGAUAAUGCUAUUGCGGUCAUAGCUGACAGAGCUAGAGAAAUUCAGGUAUUUUCAUUCACAAACAUCUUUACAUGUCUAAACACUUCUGAUAGCAUUUCUUGUUUAUACUUUUGUUAAAAGCCUCAGUUAUCAUUGUGAUUUCUUAUUUUUUUUGAAGGUCCCACUCCAUGUGGUUCCAUCAUUAGAACAUUACCCUGGAGAUAUGCCUGGUAAUUUUUUCAAGCUGUCGUGUUGUGUUUAUUAUUAGGAUAGUGUAUAUAGCAUUACUAUUAUUAUUAUCACACAGGCCAUAAAAAAUUAAUAAUAUCAUAAUACGUGAUUGCAACGCCAGUUGCAGGGCUGGUCAGGCAUUUAGUAAAUAUCCCUUUAAGCCCCAAUAUCCACAUACAAAUUCUCCAAACUGAUCUAUAUAUAUUUCCUUCGUGAAUGAGUUGAGAGAAUUUGAUAAAAGAUCAAGGCAUUUUCCCUUAGGUGAUCAUUUUAUUAAUUCCCAUAACCUAAUCUCUUGACAUUGUAUGGAUAUCGUUAGGAGAAAAUUGAUGUUAGUCACUAUUGGGACUUAAAGGGUUAAGGAGUUACAGUCAGCCCCCAUUAAUACAGACACUGACGCCCGGUUUCUUUCACAGACAUAUUUCGCCCAACUUAAAUUUCUUUUACAUUCCGUGGGAGUAGUCUCGGAUAAGGUUUAAGUGAAGAAAAAGAAUUAAACAGUAACAUGGAAAAUAGAUCUUGAACCGGACGAAGGAGAGCAUCAGUACUUGAAUGCCUCACUGGCACUUCAACUUUGCACAACAUGGUUAAACAGGUCACUUGAGAAAGGCAAAACUAUUGAAGGUCUAAUUUUCUUUUACUUCUUCAGGGUUGCGUCAUUUUUUAACAUUAUGUUAAUUAACAAUAAUAUUAUUGGACAAGGCUGAGUAGAAUAUUGUGAUUUGUCUGUGGCGAGCAGAUCAAUUUUCUGCCAAAGCUGAAGAGAGGCUGCGAGACACUGACAAAUCAUGAUAUUUUGCAAUUACUGAGUUCAAUUGUUUUAUCAUGUGAUCACUUAGUUUGAACAUUUCCGGGAAGCGAAGGGAACUGCCAUUUUUAUGCAAGAGUAAUCGCAAGAAGGAGAAAAGCAUGGUUUCAUUAAAUGCAAGAGCAGAAUAUUAUUUACAGCCAAACACAGCUAGUUGGACAACAUUGAGCAGACUGUUAUUUGUAGGCAGUUAUUUGCAGGUCACGUGAUGGGCUCUUGGCCAAUAGAAAGAAAGAAAAAUUUGCAUCGUCAUAAUGAUAAUAUGUAAUAUUUAUUUCUAAUGUUUUAAAUUGAAGAUGUUGGCAAGCAAACAACCACAACCAACUCAUCAAGUAGAGAAGAGACUGCAGAUGAGCCUUCAUCAAAAAAACAAAAACUUGAUGUUCCUGUGGCUAAAACAUUUAAUGUUUCUGAUGCUUUGAGGAAUGGUAGGGAUCAAAACGUUUUACUAUCUAAGUAAUUUCGAAUUUUAAAAUGAAUAUGAAAACAUAAAUGCUGCAGUGGUUAAUCAGAGACAUUUUAGGGCCUGCGUAGGAGGCCAAGUUCAAGUCAACUGCCAUGUCUUGUACAAAUAUGUAUUAGCUACAGUGUAGCUAGGUAUGUUUUCAAAAGGGGCUGUUUAGGUUUCUGCUAGGGCUGUAAAUGAACCCCUUCUCUCAUUAGAACGUUUACUGCAUAGGUAUUUCACAGUCAUUGACAUGUUGUCUUCAAUGAUAUUAAGGUCUUCCAGGGCAGCUCUUCUCUAGCAUCACCCUGUGGCUCCUGGCACCUCACUUUGGCUCUUCAGUGACUAGGAGAUCUUUAUUUUUUCAUACAAAUCAUAUGCUGGGCACCCUGUAUUUCCCAGGUUUAGAGCUUUAAUAUUGGGCUGAUCCCUUCAAUUUUUCUUGGAGCACAGCCUUGUCUUUAUUAAUGUUUGCACCUUAGAAUUUUAAAUUUACAUAUAGCAGCUGCAAUAACCUUAACACUAAUGGUCCUAAUAAAAAAGCAACUUUUUUCAAUAUUAAAGUGCAACAAAGUUUUCUGUGUUGUUAUACUCUUUGUGCAUGAUUGUGCUGUUUGGGGUAGAUCUAGAAGUAGUGAUUACCGUAUUUAUUCGAUUAACCGUCCUGUGCGCUUAUUAAAUUUUUGGACCUUGAGAGUGGGCGCUUAUUCGAGGUGGGUGCUUAUUCGAGGCUGGGCGCUUAUUAAAUUUUUCAGCAUUUUCAGCAAGUGUAGUAUGUUUAUUUUGCAACAAAACAAUAAAUGGUAACAACAAAACUCGAAGAUGUAACAAGGCAAGGUUCCUGUAAAAUACUUUGAAGAAAACUCUGUCUUCGAGGAAGUCGUGAGUCUGAGUUUUGAGUCUUGAGUUUGAGUGGGAGUGGGAGGGAGGUGGGGUGGGCGCUUAUUAACUUUUUCUGCCUUUAGGAUGGGUGCUUAUUCGAGGUGGGCGCUAAUUCGAGGUUGGGCGCUUAUUCGAAUAAAUACGGUACUUUUUAGAUUUUUACUGAAAGCAGAAUAUUUUUGGGUGACACAGUUUAAUUUUCUUGUUCCCAUCUUUUGAUAAUCAAGGCUUAAAGAAUACAAGAUGGUGUGGAAGAAAUCAAGUCAUUGUAAGACCAAGCGUUACCUUCUAUCUGGAUGGUGCUCAUACACCAAGGAGUAUAGAGGUUUGUUUAGGAAAUAGAAAUGCUGCAUUUGCUCACAUAAUAGUGUUCUGAAACUUUAAUUUUUGCUGCUGAAUGAACAUAGUUAUAAUAUGUUGUGGUUCAAAUUUUUCAUUGGUUAAAACAAAAGUAAUAAUAGGAAAUUUAAGAAUAACAAAGACAGCAACAAGAAUGUCAAAAUGCAAUACUGGUCAGUUUAACUAGAAAAACAACAACUCUGCAUGUGCAACACACUGUUUUUGUACAUUCCUUUGCCUUCCAUUCCUUUGUAUAAAUGUCUAAUUUCAUGUUUUUUGGAAAAGGAAACAAGCAACAACAAAAUUUUCUCUUUUGAAAUUGGAUGUGGCUCUUAUAUUGGGAAUUCAACUCCAAAACACAGGAAAAAUAACGGAUUCCCAUUUUUGGAUAUUUUAGGGUAUUUAAAGAAUACCCANGGCAUAACAAAAUCUAAAACAAAAAAACUAAAAAAAGACUAAAAAAUUCUUUCUUUUUUAAAAAAACAGUAUUAAAAUUUAAAAAUACGUGGGUUGCCAAAAAGAAAAAAUUUAACCUUUAAAACCUUUUAAAAACCCAUAAAAGCUUUUUCCCCCCCCCCCCCCCCCCCCCCCCCGAAAAAAAACCCCUUACCCUUGUCCUAUUAACACUGUUGGUAAAGAUGGCAGUCAAAGUGUUACUUGCAAUGGCCAACUUCAACUUUCAACUUUAUUUAAAUUUGAAAAUAUAGCAAAAGAUACAUUGGGACUUGCAGUUAGCAAGGCUAUUUGAGGCAGGCCAGGCUACAUAAUUUACAGACAAACUAGACAAAUACAAAGAAAUUAGGCGUUAUAUAAGUAUAUAUAUUAUACAUUAAAUAGAUACGUUCUACUUAAAUGCAAGGACAAUAAUUAAAGUGAAAUUUUAAAUGUAAAAUAAAAUGAAAAUAAAGGACAAGAGAAUUACUUUUUCAUUUUCACGAUGGCCAAAUUAAAGUCUGUGCCUCAUAGAAUACAACUUAAACAUUACGCUGAGCAGUCACCGUUCUAAAGAGAAGAAAUGUGGUACAUAUAUGCUCUAAGUUUUUGUUCUUUGAAACUUAUUAAUAUUUUUGCCAGGCUUGUGUGAAAUGGUUUAAAAAGAGAGCAGAUGAAGAGAAGGAGAAAGAAAGGUGAUCUUUAAAUGUUUUAUUGUAAAAUAAUUUUAUACAUAAAUGUGGUUUUGUCAACUGGAGUUGGCAAGAUAGAUUGGCCACCUAUAGGGAGACAGAGAAGCUGAUGUUUUGAGAACUAUUCCUUUGUCAGAGUGAAUAGGCAUCUUUUUGGCUCAUUUGAUCAUUCUGCCCUGUCCUUGUUACAAAUAACUGACAUCAGCCACUGACAUAAACACUACCACCUGUAUGAAAGGAAGGUGUUGGCAGCCCCACCCAUCUUAGACCUCCAUACUCUCCCCUUGGAGAGUUUCUUGAUUUGAACCCCCUACCCCUCUAAAAAUUGCAUUUUUAGCCUUAUACUUUCUUUUGCAAAUUUUGGCCUUUUAAUACCACCCAUUCCCACGACCUCCCCCCUCAGAAUUUCCAGUGACACUCCACGGCCUGGGUAAGGAUAUUUUCUGGAACCACACAAUACUAUGGUGUCUCACAAUGCUUUGUAUGACAGUAUUUUUCAGUGUUUCGACUUUUAAGGAUCAAUUCUGAUUUCCCUGUUUUAUUUUACAUAAAGCCACAACGCUGGUAAAUGUAUCAUGUUUCAUAGUCACUGGACAUCUUUUCAGUAUACUUUUUCUGUACUAUCAACUGAAAAGCGUCAAACUGUUGAUCAAUGAAAACCGAAAGGGCUCACAAAUCAUUAUGAAUGACCAUAAAGAAAACAUUUUGAUAUCUGUUUCAUAAUUUUUCUUAUUUUCAGUGGGAGUGUCAUACGUGUCUUGCUUUUUAACCUGACUGGUGGUCGGGAUCCUAACAGCCUUCUUAAACCAAUUAUGGUGUGUAAAGAAAAGUAACUAUGUAGAUAAAAAAUUAUUGACAAAAACAAAGAUAAUGAAUCUGUUAUAUGUUGUGUUUUCUGCAAACUUCUUUCAGGGUCUUUGUAUUGUUUUGUUUUAUACUUUUGACACACAGGAAAUAGUAUUUUCUAAUAGAUUAGUGGAUUGUGCUCAGCUGUGCUUAUUUUAAUUUAGUCUUUGUCAGUGCCUCAGUGGUUCUUGUCAUGUCAUUUAAAUUUUAUUGCAGGAAUGCAACUUCGAUCAUGCAAUGUUCUCACCUAAUGCAGCAAAUGUGGAUCCUACAGGUAACGAUGCAGGUAUGCUGCGUGUGUUGAAAGUAAGCUGUUCUCUUCAAAUACCAUAAAAUUCCGAAAAUAAGCCUCUCCAUGUAUAAGCCCCUCCAAAUAUAAGCCCCCCAAAAUCAUAACGCAAAAAACCCUCCGUUAAAUCGCCCAUCCUAAUAUAACCCCCGCGGGGGGCUUGUAAUUGGAAUUUGCUCUCGAAUACAAGAAAGUAAAACAAAGCAAAAAAUGAUAAAUCUCCUUCCCACUACAAGCUAUUUCAAUCCAUUUGGAAAUGCAAAUUUCCCUCCGUACAUAAGACCCUCCAAAUAUAAGCUCCUCAAAAACGACUUAGUUUCGGAAUUUUAUGUUAUAUCUUUUAUUGUCAAGUUUGUGAGCACUUACCACUUAUAUGGAAAAUCCAGUACUUCCUGUGAAAAUUCAAAUUGUUGGUCCAUGAUAGGAAAGUCUGUUGUCAAGCUAGAAAUGGCCUACCAUUUUUUUACCAUUAUUUUUUUUUUCUUCCCAGAUUUGACGAAUUUUACAGUAACUCAAGACAGCCAGCUGCGUUGGUGUGUUGAAAAUCAACGGGUGUGGAUGGCUUUGAGAGGUGCAGGUUUCCAACCUCAUGCUGACCCAUUACAGGACUCUUUUGACACUGAUCAUGUGAUAAAAAAUGGCCAUGAUGAUGGGCUGUAUUCCACAAUUUUCCCCUGUGUAUCUCAAGCCAUUAGAUGGCUCUUGUCUGGAAGGGAUCCUCAUAUUGCACCAUUGUCUCCUGGUGGUUUUGCAUUACCUGAUUUCAUAUCAAAAGCCACAAGACUUCAAGUCCUGAUAACUGGUAGUAUACAUCUUGUAGGAACAGCCAUGAAAGUACUGGGACCUGAAAUUGUUGGAGAAGUGUAGACUAGAACAUAAAUGUGAUAUAACACAAGACAAUGGUAUAUGCUCUAUGUACUGUACAGCCCAGGGAAAUGUACUCAGUGUUCUAUGCACCGCGGGGCAUGUCCAUCCUUGAAGUGGGCCCUCUUCUCCUAGGUGGCUGCUGGGUCAUUUAUUCAGAGCUGGCCUCUGAAAGAAUUAAGCUGUUAAACCUCAUCGUCAUCAUAACCUCUCUCUUCAAUGCCAUUUCUGUCAUUGUCGUCUCCUGAUCACCAUAGCAAAGUACCGUUGACCAGUCUUUAUAGCCACAUUGCAUCACAUUCUUGCAGUUGCUUGCAAUCAUGUCACUGAGCUGAUUGUCAGCUUUGCUGUGAUGAUGAAGCCUAACAAGACUGAAACUUCAGUUCGCAGCUGCUUACACUAUAUGUGAUAUAGGAAGUGGGUGGACGAAUGGGGAUCCAAACUUCCCACCUCCAGUACCAUUCAUUCCCAGCGCCUGUCCCCUUUUUCUUGGCUUCCUCCCUUUAGUCUUUUUCAACAGUGUUGCAUAGAGUCCCUCUAUUUCUCCCACUUCGACCAUUUUAGAACUCCCGUCUCCUGCCCCCCAUUCUUCUAGGCCUCCACCCCUCUGUCUUCUCCCAUUAAGAAGUGGUGAUAAUCUAGACUAAUGUCACCUUGGAAUCCAUGUCAGUAGCUAUAAGAUGACGUGCUUGUAAGAUUGUUGUGAUGCUCACUACCUUCAUUUUCAUGCUUAAC